AUGAAAGCGGGCAGCGGCUGUUGCAAUCCUGCCCAGCCUACCGACGUUGCAACCGGCGAUAACGGCCUGGCCCAGCGCGCCCCGUGCGCGUGCUUUGUCACCGGCGAGGCGUGCGGCUGCGACCAGGUGGCGUUGAGCGGGAAGCCUGGCGCCGCACCCGUCGUGUAUGUGUGCGCCUGCGACUGCAGCACAUGCGCCUGCAAUGACGCCGAGACGCUGCAGCAGGUACACGAGAUUGGCGCCGCCGACGCGGCGAUCGGCCCCGGCGGCCUGCUGCUGACGCUCGGCGCGCCGCGCCCCGGCGAGCUCGCCGCGCGCUGGCGCGGCGCCGCGGCCGCGCUGCUGGCGGCCGCGCCCGGCCUGGAGGUCGAUGCGGUGCGCCUGCGCGGCGCAGGGGACCAGCUGCAGGUGCUGCUGAGGCAGAGCGCCGCACCGGCUGAGCCGCAGGCGCUCUCGCGACCGCAGCAGCCGAGCCAGCAGCAGCAGCAGCAGCAGCAGCAGCAGCAGCUGCACCCCGCCGCAGCGCUGCUGAGCCGCCUGAGCGACCUCGGCCUGCAGCUGCGGGGCCAGGAGCCGGCGGCGGGCGCGCCCGACUGGCUCGCGCGGCUGUUCGGCGCCGCAGCACCGCCGCCCGGCGUCACGAUCCGCCUCGACGCCACCGGCACGCCCCGCGGCGGCGGGCCCAGCGGCGGCGGGCGCGCGCAUGACGUCGCGGCGGAGGCCCCUGCGCCAUCCAGCGCAGAGGCGUUGCUGCAGGAGCCGCUGCCCUCCGCCCCCGAGGCCGGCCGGCUGGUGGCGUCCAUUGGUGGAAUGACGUGCUCCAUGUGCGCAUCGGCUGUUGAGGACGCCGUCCGACAGGUGCCCGGGGUGCUGUCCGUCGUCGUCAACCUCGCGACUAACAGCGCCACGAUUACGUACGACCCCGCCGCCACCGGCCCUCGCGCCUGCCUGGAAGCUGUCGAGUCGGCCGGCUUCGACGCGUACCCCGCGCCGGACGGCGACGCCUCCGGCCUCGGCGCCGCCGCCGCGGCCGCCGCGCGCGAGUCGGCGCGCUGGCGGCGGCGCCUGGUGGCGUCCGCGGCGCUGUCGGUGCCGCUGGCGGUGCUGUCCAUGCUGGCAAUGGCGCCGGCUCUCUCAGAGGUCAUGGAGGGUCACCAGGCCAUGGGCAUGGGCACACAAAGCGGCGGCAUCGACGGCAGCGAUGGGGGCAUGCACGGGAUGGCCGGAGACGGCUCGGCCGCCGGCCACCCCAGCCCCGCCCCCGCCCCCGCCAAGAGCCCGGCGGUGCUGCCUGCGCUCGCGGCGCCCUAA